AUGCCAGCCUCUUCCUCUCAGAAGAAUACUCAGGCACCUGUGAUAUGCGUCUUCUGCGGCGCGUCGGCUGGAUCUAAUCCAGUAUACUUGAAAGCCGCACGCGACCUUGCACAGCACUUUCACGACAAUGGCAUCCGGCUUGUGUACGGUGGAGGGACCUCUGGUUUGAUGGGGCAGUUGGCCAGAGAACUAGUUUCUCUCUCAGGUCCCCAGGCCGUGCAUGGCAUCAUCCCUAAGGCACUCCUUCGCAUUGAGAAAGGUUAUCAAGCCGACAACAAUGAUCUCAGCUCUUCUCUGCACGAUGAAGCGGGCAAGGUCGAGCGGGUCAUCGGUAGCGGGGGACCAGAGGCAUCUCUCGAAUACGGCUCAGUCACUGUAGUCCCUGAUAUGCACACGCGCAAGCGUUUGAUGGCGGAAGAAGUCCGCAAUGGCGGCCCGGGAUCCGGAUUCGUAGGGCUCCCUGGAGGGUUUGGCACCAUUGAGGAAAUCAUGGAAAUGACUACCUGGAACCAGCUGGGAAUCCAACGCGCGGGUGUUGUCCUGUUGAACAUCAAUGGAUACUGGGACGGCCUCUUGCUUUGGGUCCAGGCGGCAGUAACGGAGGGAUUCCUAUCUCGGGGGGAUGCUAGGAUCCUUGUACAAAUCAAGCAGCCCAACCAAGUACAUGCGACGCUGAGCCAGUACAGACUCAGCGAGGAUAGGUUGCACCUGGCUUGGGGCGAUGAAUGA